AUGUAUCUCAUUCUUCUGUUCGUAUCGAUCUAUCUUCAUCAUCUAUCUAUCUAUCUAUUCAUCUAUCGUAAUCUAUCUAUCUAUUUAUCAUCUAUUUAUCUAUAUAUCUAUCUAUCUAUCAAUCACAGUCUGUUCGUAUCUAUCUAUCUAUCUAUCGUAAUCUGUUCAUAUUUAUGUAUCUAUCGUUAUCUGUUCAUAUCUAUCUAUCUAUCGUUAUUUGUUCAUAUCUAUCUAUCUAUCUAUCUAUCUAUCGUAAUCUGUUCAUAUCUAUCUAUCUAUCUAUCAAUGAAAGUUUCCAAUCCUGUUGAAGAUUCUAUCUCGCGUCUGUCCGACAACCGGACUUUUCUCACAUUUCCAAAAAUUCAAAUUUCCCUCCAAUUUUAUAAACAGUCCUCCUUCCUUCCAUCCUUCCUUUAUUCCUUCCUUCCUUCCUUCCUUCUUUCCUUCCUUUCUUUUACGUUUUCUUUUAUCAAUUUUCAUUUGUUGAAUUCUCUUAAAAAAAAAUCUUUCUUUCUUUUAAUUUAUUUAAUAUUUUCCAAGCAUAAUAGACAUUCUUUCUUUCUUUCUUUAUUUAUUUAUUUAUUUAUUUUUUAUAAUCAAGCAUUCUUUCCCAUCCUUUUCGUAAUUAUUUCAAAUGUGUCUUUUAAAUUAAUUCUUCAUAUUCAAAUAUUCUUUCUUUUAUUUCAAAUUUUCUUUGACAACUUUUUUUCUUUCUUUUCUUUCUUUUCUUUCUUUCUUUAUUUUUUUUUUUUCUUUCUUUUUUGA